UAUCGAACACAUCUUCGAUUCUACUGCUGACGUGCCGCAACCGAAUUUGUUUACGCAUAUAAAGUGCAAAAUUGUCAGAAAUCUCAAAAUGCUUGAUAUACAAACACAUAUGGACUUUGUUGGCCAGGCCAAAGCUGAACGCUGGUCCCGUAUCAUCAUAACACUCUUUGGAGUAAUUGGUCUCAUUUAUGGUGCCGUGGUGCAGCAGUUCUCCCAAACUGUUUACAUACUGGGUGUUGGAUUCCUGAUAUCUUCACUGAUUACGAUUCCCCCAUGGCCCAUCUAUCGCAAAAAUCCGCUCAAGUGGCAGAAGCCGGUAAACACUGAGCAGAAGCAAGUGACAAGUGAUUCCAGUGAAGAAGGCAAAAAGAAAAAGAAAUAGUUGUAGCAAUAGCUAAAUAAAUAAAUCUAACUUCAGUUGUAGACAUAUGAA